AUGCCCAUCCACAGUGGACUGAAGAACCAUCUUGCGGUCAUCAUCCUGAACAAUCUCGAGAUUGGCAUAAAACAACCUGACCAGCUUGUUGAGCACAACACAGGUGCAGUUGAACAAAUCUCUGCUGAUGCGUCUAAUGUUGAGGAGCCUGAUUCCAUGGGGCAUGAUGCCAUGGGGCUUGAUAUUGAAGAACCUGAUGCCUCGGAGCUUGAUUCCAUGGAGCCUGAUAAGGAGCUUGAUAAGGAGCCUAAUGCCAUGGAGUCUAAUACUGGGCCAGAGGCCUUGUGCCAGGUUGAUGAGUCCAUUGUGAAGGUUAGAAGUGCAGUGAAGUAUGUGAAGUCUUCUCCCCAAAGAUUUGAGAACUUCAAAUAUUGUAUGGAAAGGGGAAAAAUUGCUUUCAAGGGUUUAUUGUGUCUUGAUGUUCCAACUAGAUGGAACUCCACCUUUAAGAUGUUAGAAGAUGCUGAAAAAUGUCAGAGUGCUUUUGAUCUUUUGGAAGAGUAUGAUGGGAAUUAUGUGCUUUCGUUGACUGAGGAAAAGAAUGCUAAAAAAGGUUUGGGACCUCCUAAUUAUGAUGACUGGGAUCGUAUUAGGACUUUUCUCAAGUUUCUCAAACUUUUUUAUGAUGCCACAUUGCGACUUUCAGGGUCUUUGUAUGUGACUUCUAAUAUGUAUUGGCAAGAAAUUUGUGGCAUUCAAAUGCAUAUACAAUUGUAUCAUGAUAGUGGUGAUUAUGUGUUGAGUUCUAUGGCAGAGAAAAUGAUGAUGAAGUAUAAUAAGUGUUGGGGGGAUUUAGAUAAGGUGAAUGUGUUUAUGUUUGUUGCUGUCAUACUUGAUCCACGAACCAAAUUGGGGUCAUUGGAAUUUUGGUUCAAGGAUGUUCUUAAUGAGGAGCAGUGUACUAAUAUGGUGAAAAAAUUGAAGCACUACGUUCAAAAAUUAUAUGAUCACUUUGAUGCUGGAGAGACUUCAUCUCAAGUUGAACAUGGUAGUGAUUAUGCAUGCCCUCAAGGUUCCUCAAUGAUAGAAGAAACUGAUAACCUUUCACUUCACUUCAUAAACAAGUUUCAUAAGUACCUAACUUCAAAAAGUGAUGUUCAUAACAAAUCGGAGUUAGAUCGGUAUUUGAUGGAAGAUGUUGAAAAACCAAAUGUGAAUUUUGAUAUUUUAAAUUGGUGGAAGGUGAACUCAUCCAAAUUCCCAGUACUUGCCAAAAUAGCACGGAUUGUGUUGGCCAUUCCCAUUACUACAGUUGCUUCAGAGUCGGCGUUUAGCACUGGAGGGCGUGUGUUGGAUCCUUUUCGAAGUUCAUUGGCCCCCAAAACAAUUGAAGCAUUGGUAUGUGCACAAAAUUGGCUAAGAUCAAAACCCUUGAGCAAUGGCAAUGGUUGUGACACAGAGAUGAUUGAAGAUCCUGAAAGUUAUAAGCUCGAUUCAGAAAUAACUUCGAAGAAAAUCAAUAUGUUGUUUGAGGAGGAUUAG